GUCCACGCUCCUCAUACAGAAGCACGCGACGGAGCUGCUCGUGCUGCUGGAAGACGAGCAGGAUCGGAACUCCCAGGAGCAAGUCUUGGAUAUGUGCCGCCAAGCCUUGACGGCCGUGGAUAUGACGAUGGCAAGGCUGGCGGUGGCCAAGAUACUUCCUCCGGAUGAAAGCUGGUUCCAUGAGACGCGGCACUCGGCGAACGCACCCAUCAAGAAUCAGAAGGGGUUGCGUGCCUUCAAUUUCGGAAAGUCAGACAUGGACAUGCUGGCAGCGCGCUACGGUAUGAUGUCUCCGGACCUGGUGGUGUCAUGGGUGGACAUCCCGAGCACAGCGGAGCGUGGCGUCGUUGACCGCCUCACCUUGCCGCACAACCUCCUGCACGCCGCCACGAAGCGCGGUGUCCGUGUCGUGAUGGAGACCGUAGGAAAUUUUUGGAAGUAUAUGUUCAACUACGUGAGCUUUGUGCGCAGCCUGGACCAGCCAGUGGGCCAGCCUGCUGAGCCGGUCAUGCUGCAGUUCUGGCGCCAUCCCUUGGAA